AGCCAGCCACCCCAGCUGUUCAUCCAUGGCCGCCACCUAGCAGCCGCCGCGCCGCUCAUCGAUCGUCACUCUCUGCUCCUCGUCGCCGGCGGCGGCCGAGAAAGAAACAACGUGAAGGAGGAGGAGGAGGAGAUGCUUCGUUCCGCCGCCGCCCGUGCGCUCACCGUCGGCUCCCUCAACCCAAAGGUGCUGGCGCUCGCGGACCACCACCACCUCCGCGGACUCGUCGCCCGCCGCGCGCAGAGCAUGCAAGAAGAGCUGCAGGCUAAUCCAUCGGCACACCCUUUCAGUGAGAUUAUCUACUGCAACCAGAGCAACCCACACUCCCAAGGGCAGCAGCCAAACAAGUUCUUCCGGGAGGUUCUUGCCUUGUGUGAUUACCCCCAUCUCCUAGACCGCAGUGAAACCAGCUUCAUGUUCAGCUCUGAUGCGAUAACGAGGGCACAGGAGAUUCUAGGCGUCAUUCCUGGAAAAACAACUGGAGGAUACAGUCACUGUCAGGGUAUUGAAGGAUUGCGUGAUGCCAUUGCUGCUGGAAUAGCUUCUCGUGAUGGUUUGCCGUCGUAUUCAGAGGACAUUUUCCUGACAGAUGGAGCAGCUGCACCGGUUCAUAUGAUAAUGCACUUGUUGAUACGUGGGCAGAAAGAUGGCAUCCUUUGCCCAAUUCCAUCACACUCUUUGUACACAGAUUCUAUGGUUCUUCGUGGCGCAACCCUUGUACCGUAUUACCUUGACGAAUCUAGAGGUUGGAGAGUGAACAUUUCAGAUCUGAAGAAACAGUUGGAUGAUGCCCGAUCAAAUGGCAUUGCUGUGAGGGGACUUGUGGUGGUAAAUCCAGGAAACCCUACUGGGCAGGUUCUUGUGGAGGAAGACCAGUGUGAGAUAGUGGAGCUCUGCAAGAAUGAAGGCCUUGUUCUCCUAGCAGAUGAGGUUUACCAAGAAAACAUCUACACAGAUGAAAAGAAAUUUAACUCCUUCAAGAAAGUAGCACGAUCCAUAGGCUAUGGAGAAGGAGAUAUAUCUUUAGUAUCAUUUCAUUCGGUCUCUAAUGGGUACUAUGGCGAGUGUGGGAGAAGAGGGGGUUACAUGGAAGUCACUGGCUUCAGUUCUGAAGUAAGGAAAGAAGUAUACAAAGUUGCAUCCCUAAGCUCAUGCUCCAACAUCUCUGGCCAAAUCCUUAUGAGCCUAGUCAUGAACCCACCAAAGGUUGGAGAUGAGUCAUACCCCUCUUACCGCGCAGAAAGAGACAGCAUCCUAUCAUCUUUGUCUUGCUGUGCAGAGGCCAUGGUGUCCACAUUCAACAGCCUGGAAGGGAUGACUUGUAGCAAGGCUGAAGGUGGAAUAUCCGUGUUCCCAUCUGUCCAGUUGCCGCCACAGGUGAUUGAAGCUGCUGAGGCGAUGAACACAGAGCCCGAUGUGUUCUAUGCUCUCCGUCUUCUUGAAAGCACCGGGAUCGUCGUCGUGCCUGGCUCUGUAUUUGGACAAGUACCUGGGACAUGGCAUUUCAGAUGCACAAUUCUGCCACAGGAGGAGAAAACACAGCUGAUGAUCUCGCGCUUUAAGGCAUUCCAUAAAGCAUUUAUGGAAGAGUUCUGCAGCUAAAAGGCGCGAGGACUUUUUUCCCAUUUGUAAUAUAAAUUUAUGUAUUUAAGCAAAAAAUUAUCUCUGUUACUGAUAAGUGUGGGAUUUCAACCUGAACCUAACAGCUGUCAUGCUUCAAUCCUGUACAGAAUUGUCACAUUAGUAGUGUCCUACCAUCAUGAAAUUCUCCUAGGGCCCUACCAUCCUAAAAUUUUCAGAUGAAAACAUCGGUUUCAGUGUGCUGUAACAACCGAGGUGGACAAAGUUGGAAGUCCUUGUCAUGAGUCAUGAUGCUGAAUAUUUAACCAAGUUUUUUUAAUCCAAUAAUGUUAGAGGAGAGGGCUCAAGAAAAAAAAUAAUGAAUGAUACAGGAGGUAGAAAAGGAUUUUGCCACCAAUUAUGUGUCAAUUCAAUUGCCAUGCAAUUGUGCCUUAACCUAUGCAUCUUAACCAAUGAUUUGUGUUGCCAGAACUUCAUUGACCUAACUUCCCCUCUUUUAAAAUGAUAUCCACCACCCACUAAUGGCCAUUUUCAUGACAUCCACUCCAUUGUUAUUACUUAUUAGUAUUGUUCCUUCUUGCAACAAGCCAUCCAUGGAUUCCCUGAGGUGCUACUCAUCUCACCGGAUCUUGAUUCCGAAGAAGAUUCGCUCCAAGAAUCUGAUCAGAGCCUGCAUGGAUAGCUUCUCCAGUUCUGAAUCCAAGAAGGCUCCCAACUCUGUCAGCUUCACCAGCAAGGUCAACAAGGUUUAUGAAGACAAGAGCAUGGGCAUCCUCUGCUACACCGACAACAGCGGCGAAUUGAUCUGCGAGGGCUUCGACGAAGGCCCAAGGCUGACAUGGCAAGACAUGGAGAAGAUCAACAGGGAGAAGGCACUGAAAACUGAAGAAGACAGGCAGCAGGAGAGGAUGCUGCAGAUCGGCGUUGCCGGGGUCGACUGGAGCAGCCUUCAGACCAUCGUCAGCAAGCCUGUCAGUAUGGGGGAAGAACUGAAGAAGUAAAGAUGAUGACAAGUUUAGUCCAGUAGAUUAGUUUCAUGGUAAAUGUUUCAGAUCUUGUAGAAACAAGGUAUGCUUGCUGUGUGCAUAGGAUCUGAAUAUGGUCAAUCUCCAUUGCUAUUUGCUUGCUCUGGUAAUAAGGAUGAUGCCUGUAGGUAGGAUUAGGAGGAGACAAUGAAGGGCAGGAGGCUGAUCCAGCUGGUCAGCUCCUGGCCUCCAUUGGAUAAAGAGAUCAUGUACUGAAUAUAUUUUGCUUGGAUGAUAGUACUUUUGACAUAAUGUUAGUUCAAGUUGUUCAGAUUCCCGGUGUCCCGUCGUACCAAGCUAGGCAAUUUGGUUGCCUGUCAAUCUGUUGCUUGGUAGGAAAUCCUCUGAAAGUUGAAGAGUUUGCUUCGUAGGAAUUGAAGCUUCUUUUUGUAGUCUCGAAAGAAGAAAUGAUGUCUGAGAACCUGAGAUGGAUGGAUUGCAUACGAAACAGAGGUUUUUGUCCUGAAUUGUG